UUUGAUCUGGCAAGAUGAAAAAAAAACAAUACGAAUGUCAUAUGGUAUUUUAAAAAUAUCCGUUACCUACACAAAAUAAAAUCGGUUAUAACUUCUGUUUUGUUUUUACUCCUUUUGAGUGCGACUGACGAAAAUAGCGAGACUUCAAGGCGAUUGACGAAGUUUUUCAUUCAGUGGCACGAAAGCUCGCGUAGGGCUGAAGGCCGGAUGUUCUCUAAUAUAGUAACUGUCGAUCCGUCUCCGACCUACAAUAAAAACAGGAGUUUGAGCAAUAUAUAUCAGAAGUUUCAAAGCCUCCUCGGCCGUGGCUCGGAUAUUGAGAUCGGCAGCUGCGCUAAAGAGGACAUGUUAUCUGCGAGGGGCAGUACGGGUGCAUCAGAGGACAGUUUCAUCACGCCGGUGUCUUCGGUCGGAGAUCUUAUGGCGAUGUCACCGCGAGGGAAACAGGCCCAGGAGUCAGCUGAUGUGACGAGUGACCUGCUCACGGGCGCUGACUUCGACAGUGUUCGUGAUAUAACCAUGCAGGAAGUUCAACAUUACGAGGAUCCUUUGUACAUCGAUCCGACAAGUAUGGACUAUCUAGUGAAGUGUGCCGAGUCUACCCGUAGCAACAGCCACGUAGACCGCGGCAAAGAAAGCUUGUUCAUAAAAUUCGAUCCGCUUUACGCUCGUCAGAAACCUCCAGCCACUCCUGAAUCCCUCCCGGACUCUACAGAGGCUGAUAUAGGCUACGAGACAGGAAGUGCUGCGUCAAUUUUCGCUGAUAACAGUAUUCCUACGCCUAAGCAUUCAUUGUCUGUGGGAUCUAUCUCUAGUGCAUGGGAAAGACCUACUCAAGUGGUUCCACCGGUCAAAAACGAUUUCCCCAAAACUGAACCGAAAACAACACCGCAGUUGGUUCGAAGUGCCUCUGCAAUCCUAUCCUCUAGUCACGUAGCUACAGACAGGCUCAUAAAUUUCAUAGGUAGCACUCCGCCUGUGGCUGCUCCGCGCAGUCCUCACCACCGCUCCAACACCCACCAGGUAGACAGACUACAUUCUCUGCGAAUUAUACUCCAGAAGCAGGAACAUGAAGCUUUGUUACUCCGACAGGAAAACGGAGAUCUCAAGUCUGCGUUACACAACAUUGAGAGUAGAUACACAAGUACUGUUGAGGAGUUAGAGUUAAAAGUUAAGAAGCUCACGGAUGAAAAACAUAAUUUAAUAGAGAGAGAAAACCAGCUACUUCAGCAGCUUCAUGAUAAGAACCUGAAUAACAAACAAAUGGGUGUAGUGAUGGAAGAAUAUGAGAAAACUAUAUCUUCUCUGAUCGGUGAGCAUCAGCGGGAGCAACUACUGACACAGGAAAUGCAAAAAAAACUAAGCGCUGAACGAGACCAAGCUUUAAGUCACUUAGCAAGCAUGGAGAGCUCAUUCAACGACCUGUUGUCCAAGUAUGAAAAAUGCAAAAGUAUUAUUAUGGAGCAUAAAGAAACAGAAAAAAUGUUUGAGCAGAAAAUUACAGAGUAUGAAGCUGGUUUGAAAAAAUAUGAAGGACUUUAUACAAACUUGAAACAUAUUACUGAAGAGAGCUUGUCUAAAGCCAAUGAAACAUUGGAAUCUGUGAAGAAAAACCACAGCGUGGAGCUAACAAAGUUAAACGCUACCAUCAAAAAGCAUGAGAUCAAAAUCUCGUCUCUAGAGGAGUCACUGACUCAAAAAAUAAGAGAUAACGAGGAGUUAACAAGAAUUUGUGACCAGCUUAUAAAUGAGGUGCACUAGAGUGCAUCUUUAGUGCACCAUUUUAGAGA